CAGGUGCAAGCUCAGCAACAAAAUAAGAGCACAACACAUUUUAACGCAGUUUGAACCCGAGAAACUGAAUGCAACAAUGACAGUCUCAGCCUUCAUCAUUUUACUUUUUCUUUGCAUGGUCCAAGACUUGACGAGCUUUGAGAACAUGGAGAUGAUGUUUGAAGUCAUGCCUGUAACUCUGGGCGAUUCUGUUACGCUGAACUGCACCUACAACUGUUCUUCUGGCUUCAUUCGAGGCUGUUGGAGCAAAACAUCGGCCAAUUCUGUCUGCCUUGGAAAACCCAGCGGGAGCGACUUCUGCACCGUCUCUCUGCAUUUAUCAAAUGUGUCCACGGAAGAUGUAAAGUACAACUACUCCUGUUACACAGAAGAUAAAGAACACCCCCAACUCCAACAAGAGACACAACGUGUCGUGUCGCUGUAUUUCCACGCUCAAACAACUUCCCCGAGCUGGCUGCUUCACCCUCAGACUGAUCACAAGAACGCAUCUCUUCCAGUUGAACCAAAAGAUGCAGGAAGAGGAGAAUUUGGUGGAAUUAAGAUUGUAGCAGGAGUUACGAUUGCCGUUGCCACGGUGCUUGCAGCAUUGGCUUUUUAUCUGUGUUUCAGCCGGAACAGACACAGCAGGAAUAGUAAAGGGAAUCCUGCUGUUUCCUUGUCAGGCUCGCCACGAUCUUCUCAUGCUGCUGUCAUGCCAGCUAAAAGGUCAUCGUCAACACAAUGCAGCAGAGUGACAGUGACGACUCCUACACAAGAAGAUGACAGUGAUGCUGAGGUGCCAUAUGCUGACAUCAUGAUUCCCGUCCGAGGUAUCAGCACGCCAGAGCUCACCAAAAUUACUUAUCUGACUCCUGGAGCUCCAAAAGAGUUGUGGGCUGACGAAUUCAGGUGUAACCUGCAGAUGUCCCGUUCAGCUGACAGGCUGCACGUUCCUCAGCCCAGAGAGAUCGGUCGCAAGAUGAGCACCAACUCCGAGUAUGCGGUCAUCACGUACGCCUGAGUGAAGCUGCACAAAUUACAGUCAGAACGGAAAAGUGAUCAGCCUCAAGGUUAAAACACGUCUUCCAUGAGUCAAGGCUGAAUGUGUUAACAUAAAAUUGAACAUUUUUGUAUACACUGCUGCAAAGCCUAAAAUUGAAACUCAACCUGUGACCUUCCAUAUAUGGCAAGUUGGAUUAAGAUAUCUUGCAACGAUAUAUAGCGUAUACAAACAUAAUUACAAAGAAAUCAAAGCAAUCACAAGAGUGUACAUGUGUGCAGACCUGCAAUUAGAAUAUAUAUCAAUAUUUUAAUAAUGUUUCUGUAUUGUAGGAUAUUGUACAGAGUACACUGGAAAAAAUGAUACUUUGGAUCAACUUAAAAAAAUGAUGAAAUUUGUUACAG